GGCCGGGGCGAGAGCUGAGGCGGGACCGGGACCGGGACCGGGAUCGGGAACAGAAACAGGGCCGGGAUCGGGAACAGAAACAGGGCCGGGAGCGGGACCGGGAUCGGGAACAGAAACAGGGCCGGGAGCGGGAACAGAAACAGGGCCGGGAUCGGGAACAGGGCCGGGAGCUGAGCCGGGAGCGGCCCCGCGCACCCGGCCGGGCCGACAUGUACGCGGGGCUGCAGGAGCUGGGAGUGGCCAACGGCGAGGAUCUCAAGGAGACCCUCACGAACUGCACGGAGCCGCUGAAGGCCAUCGAGCAGUUCCAGACGGAGAACGGGGUGCUGCUGCCCUCGCUGCAGUAUGCCCUGCCCUUCCUGGACCUGCACGGCACCCCCCGGCUCGAGUUCCACCAGUCCGUGUUCGAUGAGCUGCGGGAGAAGCUGCUGGAGAGAGUCUCUGCCAUCGCUUUGGAGGGGAAGGUCGAGGAGAGAUACAAGAAGCUGGAAGAUCUCCUAGAGAAGAGCUUUUCCCUGGUCAAGAUGCCCUCAAUACAGCCCGUGGUCAUGUGUGUCAUGAAGCACUUGCCCAAGGUCCCUGAGAAGAAGCUGAAGCUGGUGAUGGCUGAUAAGGACCUGUACAAGGCCUGUGCUGUGGAGGUGAAGAGGCAGAUCUGGCAGGACAACCAGGCUCUCUUUGGGGAUGAGGUGUCACCCCUGCUGAAGCAAUACAUCCUGGAGAAGGAGAACAUUCUCUUCAGCAGUGAUAUUUCCUUCUUGCAAAAUUUCUUCAGUCCAUCUCCCAAAACAAGACGUCAGGGAGAGGUGGUGCAGAAGCUGACGCAGAUGAUCGGCAAGAACGUGAAGCUCUAUGACAUGGUGCUGCAGUUCCUCAGGACGCUCUUCCUGCGCACCAGGAACGUCCACUACUGCACGCUCAGGGCAGAGCUGCUCAUGUCGCUGCAUGACCUGGAGAUCAGUGACAUCUGCACUGUGGAUCCCUGCCACAAGUUCACCUGGUGCCUCGACGCCUGCAUUCGGGAGAAGUUCGUGGACAACAAGAGAGCUCGGGAAUUGCAAGGAUUCCUGGAUGGGGUGAAGAAAGGACAAGAACAAGUGUUGGGGGACUUAUCAAUGAUCCUGUGUGAUCCCUUUGCCAUUAACACCUUAGCCUUGAGCACCAUAAGGCACCUGCAAGACCUGGUUGGGCAGGACACCUUACCCAGGGAAAGCCCGGAUCUGCUGCUGCUCCUCAGGAUGCUGUCUUUGGGACAGGGGGCCUGGGACAUGAUUGACAGCCAAGUCUUCAAGGAACCAAAAAUGGAAGCCGAGCUGAUCACCAGGUUCCUGCCCCUGCUGAUGUCCUUUGUGGUGGAUGACCACACCUUCACCGUGGAUCAGAAGCUGCCCUCGGAGGAGAAGGGACCAAUCCCCUACCCCAGCGCCAUUCCCGAGGCUUUCACCAAGUUCCUGCAGGAGAACAGAAUAGCUUGUGAGAUUGGGCUGUAUUACAUCCUCCACAUCACCAAACAGAGGAACAAGAAUGCUUUUCUGAGGCUCCUGCCAGCACUAGUUGAGACAUUCAGUGACUUGGCCUUCAGUGACAUUUUCCUGCACCUGCUCAGUGGUAACCUCACCCUGCUCAGUGAUGAGUUUGCACUCGAGGAGUUCUGCACCAGUCUUUUUGAUGGCUUCUUCCUCACUGCCUGCUCCAGGAAGGAGAACGUGCACAGACAUGUGCUCAGGCUGCUGCUGCAUCUGCAUCACAAAGUGGCCCCAGCCAAACUGGAGUCUCUCCAGAAAGCUUUGGAGCCCACCAAGCAGAGUGGGGAAGCUGUGAAGGAGCUUUACAACCAGCUCAGUGAGAAACUGGAGCUCCGCAAGCCCAGCCCAGCUGAAGUGACUGAGACUCCCUCCAUGGAGCUGCCCCUGCCCACCGUGCCCACUCCAGCCUCACGCUGAGCUGGGGCUGAGAGCUGAGCCUCUGCUGCCUUCUGAGUGUCUGCCCACGUGGUGGAAACAAAAACAAAGCCACUGAAGCUCCUUCAGGAAAC